AUGGGAACGAUAGAGGGUCUCGCGGCCAUCGUACCGCCCCUCGCACCUACGACGCUGGCUUUAUACGGGUUUGGCUUAUGUCUAUUUCUUGUCAUUGCCCAUGGCUUCUGGUCGUGGCAGCGUUUACGAAACAUACCAGGCCCGCCACUGGCCUCUCUAACUUCAUUAUGGAUGGUCCGGAAAUCCCUUACCGGGGCAUUCCACCAACACUUACACCAUGUCGCCGAGGUCUAUGGCCCACUCGCUCGCAUCGGCCCUAAUGAGCUUCUCUCAACCGACCCCGAUGUUCUGCGAAAGAUGUCCGCCGUUCGCUCGCUGUAUACGAAGGGUGUCUUCUACGAGACUGGCCGCAUUACCCCUGAGGAUGACAAUGUUGUCUCGCUUCGUAACGAGGAAGCGCACCGCGCUCUCAGGGCCAAGAUGGGAACCGCCUAUGGCGGCAAGGAAAAUGAAGGUUACGGGUUUGGCGCAGGUAUCGAUCGGCAGAUUCUGGCACUCAUGAACCUUAUUGACACCAAAUAUUUGUCCACCACAAUCGAGUAUCGGCCCGUGCAGUUCUUUCAGAAAAUAUCAUUCUUUGCCCUAGAUGUCAUAGGCGACAUCUCUUUCGGCGGAGCCUUUGGCUAUCUGAGCCAAGAUACGGACCUAUACCAAUACCAUCAGAUUAACGACGAUGCAUUGCCCGUGUUGAACAUCGUAGCGGUUAUGCCGUGGUUGGCUAACGUUUUGCAUAAAUGGCCAUUCAGGAAAUUGCUACCUAGAGAAGGAGAUAGGGUUGGCUUUGGCCGUUUGAUGGGGCUCGUUAAGGCUGUCGUUGACAAACGGCUGGCUCCUGGUGCAACGCCCCAGAAAGACAUGAUGCAAGCCUUCAUUAACAAUGGGAUGACGCAGAGCGAGUUAACACAACAGGUGUUUGUUCAAAUAAUUGCUGGCUCUGUGUCGACGACGACGGCAAUCUGCAUGACUCUGCUCUGUCUUCUCACAAAUCCCUCAGCCUAUUCGGCUCUGCAACGCGAGAUAGAUGCAGCUCUCUCUGCUGGGAAGCUUAGCAGCCCAGUUGCCGACUCCGAAUCAAGAAGCAUGCCGUACCUACAAGCCGUGAUUAAAGAGGGACUUCGUUUCUACCCCCCCGUUCUCGGACUAGGCAGCAAGCAAGUUCCCGAGGGCGGCGACAUCAUCAACGGGCAUUACGUACCCGAAGGGACGCAGAUCGGCAUGAACUUCUUCGGACUCAUGCGCUCCAAGGAGGUCUGGGGCUCUGAUGCAGACACAUUUCGACCUGAGCGAUGGCUCGAGGCCGACGCAGACCGAGUAAGGAGGAUGAACGCCGUGGUAGACCUCGACUUCGGCUUCGGCAAGUACCAAUGCCUUGGAAAGCCCAUCGCCAUGAUGGAGCUGAACAAGAUCUUUGUCGAAUUGUUGCAGCGAUAUGAUUUUGCCAUUGUGAACCCCCAAGCGCCUAUGAAGGCUUCGAGUGCUGUCUUUUGGGCCGUGGACGACUUCUGGCUUCGGAUAACGAAGAGAGAAUAA